CAAAUGGAAGAAUAUACCAUGUGACCUCCCUCAACUCGAACAGGGAACAGCAUCAAUGAACCUAUGCACAAUGGUCAACAUUGUGGCCAAAAGUGUGUGUGUAUGUGUGAGAGUGUGUGUUGUGUGUGGACCAGAAAUGAAGAGAAGAAGAACCUGAAUCAAUGGAAUGCUAAGACAUGCCUUUCUUGUCACUUUGUGUGUGUGAAAGUAACAAAUUAUUAUUCCAACAAGACUGUCACAGCCCUACUCGUUGUGUGCUGUUUACCAACAAACAAAUUAAGAAAUGCUAAAAAUCUUAACAAACGCUCAACAAGAAGCCCCGGCGGCGGCGCACCACGUCAUCCGACCGCACUCGACGCAAAUCCCGAUCAAUAGAAGUAAAAUGCCCAAGGUGCCGCAGAUCAGUGAGGAGGGCUUCUUGAAGGCUGAUGACAGUUCCGAUGAGCCAGCCUCUUUAGCAGACAGUGAUGUUGGGGAAGAAGUGGAGCUGCCAGCAGUUCCAGACCUGAAUGGCGAUGAUGGUUACGAUCAUAUUGGCAAUGACUUACUGGUUGAAAGCGACUCCUCCAGCUCAAGAGAGAAUAAGAAUUCACAGGAUGUCAAAGACGACGCAUACAGUGAUGAAGAAACCGUCAAAUCGCGACGUCGCAAAGGUCACGCGACAAUAUCGUCGGACUCCGAAGCGGGCGGCUCUCGCAAAAAGGCCGCGAAUGUCAAGUUCAGCGACUUCGACGAUUCGGAGAACGAGAGCUCGGAAGCCGGCAAGAGGACGAAGAGAAAGAAAAAGAACAGUGACAGCGACGCGUCCGCGCGCUCUUCGAGUAAUGAAGGUAAAAAGAAGCGACGUCGUAUAAAGAAUAUCGACGAUAGCGAAGGCUCCGGUUCGGAAACUGAAAACGAAGGCAGAAACAAACAUGGCAGGAAGAAUAUACGAAAGGUAAUGAGUAAAAACCAAUUGGAAGAAGCGACAAAGAAAGCAGCGCGCCAAGAGAAGGAAAGAAUAGCUCGGAUAGCUGAACGACAAAAAUUGUACAAUAACUUGCAAUUCGACGAGUCGGGUAAACCAGAUGAAGUAGUACUGGACAAAGUAAUUCUGGAUUUUGAUCCCGACACCAAGGAGCCACUCAUCGAGGUUGACAAAGGACUUGUUAAAAAGUUAAAACCGCAUCAGGCGAACGGUAUAAAGUUCAUGUGGGACGCGUGCUUCGAGAGCGUGAAGCGCAUAAAGAAGGACAAGGGCUCCGGGUGCAUCCUCGCGCACUGCAUGGGGCUCGGGAAGACCUUACAGGUGGUGUCACUAACUCACACCCUGCUGAUCCACAGUGACUUAACGCGUGUGAACAGGGUGUUGGUUGUGUGCCCUUUGUCAACUGUGCUCAACUGGGUCAACGAGUUCAAGAUCUGGCUCAAACAUGCCAUCUCAGACUUCGAAGUUGACAUCUACGAGCUGUCCAGGUAUAAACAGAACUCUGAGCGCGCCUGGCAACUGCAGCAGUGGUUUAGCAACGGCGGCGUGUGCGUGCUGGGGUACGAGAUGUUUCGCAACCUGUCGGCCGACAACGUCAAGAAAUUUAAGAAGAAGAUGUUGAAAAGUUUCCAGGAGAGCCUCGUGGAUCCAGGCCCCGACUUGGUGGUGUGCGACGAGGGCCACCUGCUGAAGAACGAGAAGACCAGCCUGUCGCAGGCCAUGAACAGAGUGAAGACUCUGCGCCGCAUCGUGCUCACCGGCACGCCGCUGCAGAACAACCUCAAGGAGUAUUACUGCAUGGUGCAGUUCGUGAAGCCGAACCUGCUGGGCAAAUACAACGAGUACCUGAACCGCUUCGUGAACCCCAUCACCAACGGACAGUACACUGACUCCACGGAGCACGACAUUCGCAUCAUGAAGAGGCGCUCCCACGUGUUGCAUAAAAUGCUCGACGGCUCUGUGCAGAGGCGGGACUACGGGGUGCUGGCGCCCUUCCUGCCUCCGAAACUGGAGUUCGUCCUCUUCAUCACCCUCACAGAAGUGCAGAUCAAACUAUACCAACACUACUUGGAUAACUAUUCUAGAAGGCCGCUGGCUGGCAAAUCGUCCGGAUUCCUUUUCCCAGACUUCCAGUCAUUACAGAGGAUAUGGACACAUCCGCUUGUUCUCAAAUACAACUCUGAGAGAUACGAGAUCAUGCAACAGAAAAAGAGAGAAAGAGAAGAGGAGGAUUCAGAGGGCUCAUUGGCUGAUUUCAUUGACGAUGAUUCCACACCUGAUGAAUCUUCAACGGAGGAGUCAUCAGAUAGUUUAUCAGACAUGAGUGACGACAGUCGGAAGAAGAGCAAGAAAAAGAAAGCAUCCAAAAAGAAUAAAAAUAAAUCAUCAACACGACGGGGGACUCGAGCUAACCCCGUUGAAGCAGAAGAAGACGUGAUGGCGGUAGAGAACGACGGUCAACCCAAGGUGGAGAACCCGACUGAAUGGUGGAUGUCGCUCGUCAGUGAGGACGAGUUGGACGACUUGCGACAUUCGCACAAACUGGUGCUGCUGUUCGACAUACUGCGCCAGUGCGAAGCUAUUGGCGAUAAACUGUUGGUGUUCUCACAGUCCCUAUACUCAUUAGAUUUAAUAGAACAUUUCCUGGGCAAAGUGGACGAAGCGACACAGGAGGGGCGAGUCGACGAGAAGUUAAAUCGACAUGUUGGUUCAUGGUCACCAGGAGUGGACUACUUCAGAUUGGACGGUUCAACAUCAUGUGAAAACAGAUCCAUUUGGUGCAAAAAUUUUAAUAGAGAAGAUAAUCCUCGGGCUAGAUUAUUCCUAAUAUCGACUCGCGCGGGCGGGCUGGGCAUCAACCUGGUGGCGGCCAACCGCGUGAUCAUCUUCGACGUGUCGUGGAACCCGUCGCACGACGUGCAGAGCAUCUUCCGCGUGUACCGGUUCGGCCAGAAGAAGCCGUGCUACAUCUACAGGUUCCUGGCGAUGGGGACGAUGGAAGAGAAGAUCUACGAGCGCCAAGUGACGAAGCAGGCCAUAUCGAAGCGCGUGAUCGACGAGCAGCAAAUAGACCGGCACUACGCCGAGAACGACCUCGCCGAGCUGUACAAGUUCGAGCCGCAGCCGCCCACGCCGCGCGAGCUGCCGCCCCUGCCCAAGGACAGGCUGUUCGCCGAGAUGCUGAAGGAGUACGAGGCGCAGAUCUACAAGUACCACGAGCACGACUCGCUGCUGGAGAACAAGGAGGAGGAGACGCUGACGGAGGAGGAGCGCAAGGCCGCGUGGGAGGACUUCGAGAACGAGAAGACGCGCCCGCCGCCCGUGCCCUUCAACGCCUACAUGCACAACGGCAUGAUGCCGGGUCUCCUAGCACAGCAGCAACAACUAGCGUACGCGGCGCUAGCAGCCAUGCUACGCAAAGACAUGCCCAACAUCAACGACGAUCAAAUCCGAAGCAUGCUGCCGUUGAUUUACCAAUCAAAUCCAGCGUUAAUGCAGAAGAUGAGUGAAAUCUACAAGUACGCGCAACCUGGGUUAAUGAAUCCAGCGAUGAUGAAUCCAGUUCUAAAUCCAGGCGGCGGGGGCGGCAACAUGGCGCUGGGCGGCAGCAGCGGGCUGCAGUACGAGCCGCCGUGGCAGCGGCAGCAGCAGCAGCAGCACCAGAUGCAGCUGCAGCGGCUCAUGCAGCAGCAAAAUAUGGGUGCCAAGUACUACUCAGGCGGGCUGGGCAGCCGGGACCCCGUGGCGAUGGCGCUGCAGCAACAGCGCGCGCGCGAGAUGAUGCUCGGCGAGCGCGGGCGACCGCGCGGCCGGCCGCCGGGCAGCACCGCGCCGCGCCCGCGCGCCCCGCCCGCCACCGGCGACGUCGUCAACCUCGACUCCGACUGAGGGCCACGGAUGUGUGUAAUAAACAAAUGUGUACAGUGAAAUAUUCGGUGCUACAUUUUGAGCGAGGCGCGCUUGACUCGGGUGGCGUCGAGUUGGCAGGACCGAUCUUAUUAUACCACUCUAGGGUUAAACAUAUAUUUAAUCAGUUUACGAACUAUGUUGAGUGUCGCAUACAGAGAUAGCAACUGCGACAAUGCCCUGCUUGUGUGAGACGCCAUUAUUCUUACUAUAUAUUUUUUUAAUUUAGAAUAAUAUUGUCUUAGCGCCGCUUUGAUAAUAGUCUAAGAUACGGCAUAAGAAAUAUAUACCAUCAUCUGUAUUUUAUUGGGAUAAGAAACAAAUUAUAGAAAAUAUUCACAUUGACAAAUAGGUUGCCUUGUUUAAUUGCGGCCAAACACAUUUUUCAUACGAAAUCUAGGAAACCAUGAAGUAGAUCAAAAUCAACUUAAUAUAGUAAAAUAAAGCAUAAAAUAAGCGUUCAUAAUAUUUAACGAUAUAUUAAACGACUAAAUAACUGAUGAGGGCGUUUGUAUAACAUGAAUUAACUGUUUAUGUUUUCAAUUCUGUUGGGUAUAUUUUUAACUAGUGUACGAUUUUUAUUAAUUAAGCAAAUAUCCCGGGAAGUAGAUUAACUAAAUUUAAUAAAAUAUUUAUGGGCGCAAUUUCACGAGGCAACAUGAAUGAAAUGAAAUGAAAAUAUACUUUAUUGUACACCACACAGAAACAUACGAUACAGAAAAAUAAUGGAAAGAAAGAAAAAUGCACAAUAGGCGGCCUUAUCGCUAAAAAGCGAUCUCUUCCAGGCAACCUAACGAAGAAACUAAUAAUAAAAAUUAUAAAGAUAUAGGCUAGGGUGUACAGAGGUAAUAUAUAAAAGAAAAUAACGCAUAAAAAAGAAAAUAGUUAAAUACUUAUGUAACAAAAUACUAAGAAAUAUCAACAUAUAUAAUAUACAAUACGAUACAUAUACCAUAUAAUACAAAUUGUAUAUUUACAAUAUUUAUACAUACGUAUACGAGUAUAUAUAUAAAUAUAGAUAUAUAAUAAAUAUAAAUGUAUAAAAAUGUAAAAAAAUAUAUAUAUAAACAUGUCAUAAACACAACAAACCAUGACGAUAAUUAUUAAAAAAAAAAAAAAAAAAUACAAAAUUUAAGGUGGAAAGUAAUGUUUACCAAUGAGCCCCUUGAAUAUCGGUAAAGAUUUCGCACGUCUGAUAUCAGGAGGGAGAGAGUUCCACAGCCUUACGGAUUCGACAGCAAAGGAUCUAGAGAAAAAAGAAGUACUAUGAGUGGGAAUUUUUAAGAUAAGGUUAUCGUCAGAACGGAGUGAACGACAGUGAGUAUCACUAAGAAACUCAAACCGUUCUUUCAGAUAAAAAGGAGUAUAGUGAUGGAAAAGAACAGAGUAUAAAAGAGACAGAAUAUGAGUAUUCCUGCGAAGACGAAUCGGAAGCCACUUGAGCUUAGUCCGAAAUUCAGAAAUGUGGUCAUAUUUUCGAAGUCCAAAUAUGAACCGAAUGCAGAGAUUUUGAAUACGCUCAAGUUUAUUAAAUUGCUCAAUAGUUAAAUCUAGAUAGCAAGUAUCAGCAUAAUCAAGAAUUGGUAAAAGGAGAGAUUGAGCCAACGUAAUUUUAGUAGGUAUAGGCAGGAAGUUACUGAGACGUCGCAAAGAAUGUACUGCUGCAAACAUCUUCCUGCUCACUUCGCUAACCUGAGGGACCCAAGAGAGAUAUUUAUCAAAUACAACACCUAGAUUUCGUACUGUAUCGCUAAAUGGUAGUUGAACUCCAUCAAAAACAACACAAGGAAGUGUUGUCCAGUUAAUACGGGCAACAUAUUUGUAAUAUGUCAAAAUGUUUCAAAAUUCGACGGCCUCCGUGGACGGAGGUCCUGGGUUCAAUCCCCAGCUGGGCCGAUUGAGGUUUUCUUAAUUGGUCCAGGUCUGGCUGAUGGGAGGCUUUGGCCGUGGCUAGUUACCACCCUACCGACAAAGACGUAUCGCCAAGCGAUUUAGCGUUCCGGUACGAUAUCGUGUAGAAACCGAAAGGGGUGUGGAUUUUCAUUCUCCUCCUAACAAGUUAGCCCGCUUCCAUUUAGAUUGCAUCACUUACCAUCAGGUAAGAUUGUAAGUAAACAGGGGCUAACUUGUAAAGAAUAAAAAAAAAUGUGAAUAUUUUCUAUCAUUUAUUUCUUAUCACAAAUAAAUAACAGAUGAGAUGAUGAGAGAUGUAUAUAUUUCGUAUGCUGGAUCUCGUACUAUAAGUGUCGAAUAGUCUAACCGUAAGUUUUGUCAUUAUUUUACUUGAUGACAAUUGACAAAGACAAAGUUUUGAAUCAGACACCUAUUAUAAGGUGGCGAUAUCGGCCCUAAGCCAUCAUUCGCACGAGAGUUUUUUAACGAGAAAAGUGUUCAAAUUUAAAAAGUUAAAUGAAGGUCUACUUCCAACGCGCAAAAUUGAAAAUGCAGUGUUGCAAAAAAGCGUCGUGUUUUAAAAACGCUGUAUAAUUGGGAAUGCAUUUAUCGUAUUUCAACGCUCUCGUGCGAAUGAGGGCCUAAUCUUUCCAUUUCCUAAUAGAAAAUAGCGAACAAAUAUGCAAUUCUUAUGUUUUCUUAAAUAUUAUUAAUUAUAUUAUUAUUUAUAUUUGUUGAAUUUAUAUCAAGGAAUUCUGAAAGAAUUUUCUUGGAAAUACCACUGAUUUGAAUUCUUUCAGAAUUCCUAUGCCACAAUAAUUUGAUUUAUUUUUUUGAUUAGAAACACAACUUUAUUAAAUAAAAUUAUUACUGGACUGAUUAAUUGAUUGAAUAUAUAUUUUUUGAAUUAUCAAAAGUAAACUAAUAAAAAUAUUGUGCGUGAAUUUUGCUGUGUUUUGUUUUAUAUAUGUUAUAUUUUUUUUAAAAAUUGUUUUGUUAGAAAAUUCGAUUAGAGAUAUAAUUUUGGAUAUUAUUUUGCAAUAAUUGUCGCGGUGUCUAUCCUUGUGUCUAUAGCUUGGCAAGUUCGUUAAUGACACUCCCAUGAUAUGCGGGCGACGGGGCGGGGAGGAACGCGCGGGUGUGAAGUAGUGCGCGCGGGGGCAUUGCUGCUCCCUUCCGGCCUGCGCGGACCAUCGGUGGUGUUACGAACGAACUUGCCAUGCUAUAGCUGUCCCAAGUUGAUAAGCAAUGUUUGUUGCCUUCAGGCUUGCAGUAACACCACAUAUCACGAAUCUCAUUUUCAUUUCUUCCUCACACUUCUGAUAAAUUAUGAACUAAUAAAAAUAUAUAAAAAUGGUGGUCGCAGUCACAUAUCAUAUGAAUCUCUUAAACAAUGCAGCCUAAGGUACGACCCGAUUUUACUCGCACAAGCGUCAUAUAUUUUAAUAUUUAAUGAGUAUUCGAAUGUAUGCUCAAAGAUUAAUAGUCUUUGGCCACUUGAACAAAAUAUUUAUUAAUUACUUUUACCUAGCAAACAUUGUGUAUGCAAUAUUCAUGGCAAGUUGGACAAAAUUCCGAAUUUAACGAACCAUGAUAGGCGUUUUCUUUCCAACCUUAGUUUUUGUAGGCUUUGAAAUUUCAAAUCAAUUCAUAAACAUGGAUUAAAAUUUAAACCUCAAUUUUCUUCAAAGUAAAGUAGACUUAAUCACUACUUUUUAAAGUCCACUUUGCUUUGAAGAUAAUUGAUGUUUAAAUCCUUACCCAUGUUUAUAAAUAUGGCUGUUAGAAUCUAUUUAUUAUUACAGUUAGAACCGAUUAUUUCUAAAAAGUUCUAUGUUCGGCUAUAUGUAUGUUUUUGCCGAAUAUGUAAAGAAAUAUACUUAACAAUAAGUAGUACAUUGUGGGACAAUUUUCAGGAACUUUUUCAACGAUUUUCACGAGUUUUCCAAAUGACUGAAGUCUGGAAAAUGGCUUGGCAGGAAAACGCCCCACUAUCAUAGUUCGCGACGUUUAUAAUUUGUAAUUGAAUGAAUUAUGAAUAUCAUAUGGAUAGACAAAGUUUGAGCUGUUUGAUUAUUAAUAAAUAUUUUGUUCUUGGGCCCAAGGAACAUAAAGCUAAUAGCACAUAUAUCAACCGGAAAGGAAUCAUCACUGUAUCGCCUCGCUUUAUGAGUUUGUCCCGAGGCGAGGCGAUAAUUUUACGAUUCCGAUUAGUGUGCAUUGUAGUGGAGUUUCAUAUUGUUGAUAUGGUGACGAUCCCUUUCCGAAUGUAUUGUGUGCUCUUACCCUUAUGUGUCUCUGUAAAACGUAACUCUACUCGGAGAGUUACAAUAUUUAGUGGAAAUAAAUAAUACAUAGUAAUUUAGAUGAAUAUUAGGCAGUUUUAUGUGGAUAACAUUUUAGAUUCGAGCAACAAACAAAAAAUUCAUAUUAUUAUUACAGUUACAUAAUAGUGAUUGAUGUAAAUAUGUAUUGUAUAAAAGACAUGUUUUUAUUUUCAUUAUCAAAAUUUCUGUCUGUAAAGCUAUUGUAUUAUUAUAGAUGUAUGAUUUAGUGUUAUUUGCAUAAAACGUAAGUUUAAAGCAUCUCACUGACAUAGAGAUUGGAACAACAUUUUUGAAGUUAUACUUCUUUGGAUCUGUAAAACUUAAAUCACACUAAGUUUGUGUGCAUUUCUGUUACAUUUAGUUCCAGAAAAAUAUAAUAUGUGGUUCCUGAGAAAUUUUGUUCACGAAUGAACUCAAGAUGCAUGUUCAUUUACUUUCCAGAGUGAGUCGCUUCUUUUGCUUCAUACACUACUCAGUAUCAGUAUCAGUAUCAGUAUCAGUAUUGUCGAAGUAUGCCAGACUAGUUCGUAGUAGACUCGUAUCAAUAUGAGGCCCUUAAUCAUAAGAUUGAUCAUGCAAUGGUGCAAACUGGCGCCUCUUCGCUGCAGUACAUUUUGUGAGAAGGCUGGGGAAUUGUUUAAUCACUUUGGGUAUAAAAUAACAACCACCACCUUUAAAAAACGUUUAUUACAAUUUUAUGGUCUAGAGUUGCAAACAUUCAUUGGGUUAAAAAUAACAGCCACCACUUUUAAAACAUCAUUUAUUACAAUUUUAUGGUCCAAAGUUGCAAACAUUCAUAAUGCAACAAUAUAAAAGUAUAACUUCAAAAACUAUUACACGUAAUAUGGUGUCCAUGGGAGGCUUUAAAAAUGGUCGCUUGACGAUUUUAAAUAUAUCUCUCAGUACAGGAAAUUAGUGUUAAGCUAUAUUGUAUGUAUCUAUUUAAUAAAAAGUAUGUUGUUUUUUCAUACAGUCCUAGAUAUUGCACGAUAAGUAUCACAAUCAUGAAUGCUUUGUUGUUACAGCAGUAAUAUAUAAAUUGUUGCUGCAACAACAUAAUUUCGAAAAAUAUUAGGACUACAUGAAAUAGGUCUAAAAAUAUGUAUCACAAGAAUGUACAUGUAUUUUUUUUUAAAUCUUUAGUUGCAUUUACAAUACAGUUUAAAUUUCCACAUAAAAUUAGUGUAGGUAUUUAAUUUUUAUUUCAAAAUCAUGUUAAUUUUUAUUUCAAAAUCAUGUUAAUUUUUAUUUCAAAAUCAUGUUAAUUAACAAAUUAAUGUAUUUAAUUUGUUUUUUGGUGUUAUAUUUACGUGAUUUUUGUCUAUAAGUACGUAUAGUCUGUGCCCAUAGCCAAGUUACACUUUAUUUCUCAUACUAACAACGCUUCAAAAACAAAAAAAAAUAUGGGAAUUUAUGUGAUCCAUAGACCAAUUAUUGUACUUUUAUCGUACACAAAUUUAUCAACAAAAUUGUCGUUUUUUGAGGGGGGUUACCUCACCCAUCGAAAAUAUUUAACAUCAAUAAAUAUAACACUGCACACAACUAUAAAUUUUAAACCGUUAUGUAAGUUUAACAAUUUAAAAUUUAUAAUUGUGCAGUAGUAUAAGGAUACACGACAUUAUAUUUAUUGGGUAUAUUUAUAGUGUGAUUUUAACACAGUGAAAAAUUUCUAUAGACACAGUUUGUUGAUCAUAAUCAAAUACUUUUGACAGAGAGGUAACCUCUAGCAAGGCAGGUUAAAGAUCACAUAUUGAUAAUGAAUGGCAUCCCCAUUAUUUUUAGUCUAUCAAGCGUUUAGCAUUCAUAGACAUGACUAGAAAUAUAAAAAGCCUGAAUUUAGCUUCCUUUUCGCAACAUGGUGCAGUUUUUUAUUUUUCUGGCCAUGCUAUACCGUGGUCCAAAUAUUUUUGUUAAUUUUGGAUCAAUAUUUUAUUAUUACAUUUUAGAAGUUUAUUUUAUAUGACAAUUUCAUGUGUAUUAAGUUUUAUUUUAAUUGUUUUAUUGAGUACUUAGAAACAUUGAAGCUCUCUUUUUUUUUUGGCUGAUUCCACUUUAAUCCCAUUACUUGAUACCCGGUAUAUGAAACUUUUAGUAUUUGUUUGGUUGUUUCUUUUUAGCUAACUAUUUCGAAACCAAUAAUUGACAACAAUAUCUAUUACAUGAAAAGAUCAUAAAUUUAUUGAUUAUAAAAAAACACACACUAAUUGAAAAAUAAGUUUUAAGAUUCAGCUUGACGAUAUGCUUUUAUAUAAAGUCAAAGAGAAAUAUAGUGUGUAUAGAUAAACAUAAAAAUUAAAAACUACAAAUGUUUUGCAACAAAGAUGUAUCUAUUUAUUGUAAGAAUGUCAGGAUUAUGUUGUUUUUCAUAAAGUGGUCUAUAUAAAGUUAUAAACACUUAAUGGAAUGGGGUUACAAUGGAAUAGCCCUCAUUUAAUUAUUUAAUUACAAUUUUCGUUCCUCAUUUUAAAUGACGAUUAUAAUUAAUAACAUUGAGCCUUAAAUGAAUAGGCGCCCAUUAGGCACUGGCCUUUGCAAACUAUAUUUAUCAAACAGGUGAUCAAAGGCUAAGAGAUAAAAAGACAAGUUAGUCUACAUUUAGCUCUCAUAUGUCCCAUUGCAACGAAAUAGCAUAAAUAUUGUCCAUCUUAUAGAAAGAUAAAAAUUAUUUUCUGCUCCAUUGCAAUGCAAGAGAUUUAUAUGUAGAAAAUUAUCUCUUGGUGUGCAACCUGGGCCUGUUCGAGGUAGUGUUUAGGUAAACAUUUAUGAAUGUUUAUGAUUUUUUUCAAUUCAUAAUUAUCAGCCCAUUUUAAUGACCCACUCAUGGACAAGGCCAGGCCUCCCUCUUUAUAGGAGAGGGGAUAUGGAGCUUAGACCCACCACACUGCUCCAAUGUGGGUUAGUGGGUUUUAAAUUGAUUUUUAUUAUUAAAAAAUAGAAAAUGUGCAAAAGUGCAUAGUUAAAAUUAUGAUUAUAAUUAAGAAAAAGAAAACAAUUAUUUAUUAUAUCAUAUUAAUUUCUGUUCAAAAUUACUACUUUAAUUAUGAUUAAUUGCAAAUAUGAAAAUGAUUAAUACUCACAACUACUAAAGAGCAUAUUGGUAAUUCUGUGUUAAAAAUGUGAAAACACAAGUGUCAUUCCAAAAUGAUAUUUAUUAAUAUAUUAUGUACAUUAAUGUUUAUCAUUGCAAUUUUUUUUAUCCAUUUCAUAAGUACACAUCAGAAACUAUACAAUGUGAAUUAAUGACAUUUACUUAAGUAUUGAAGUUUUUAAGAUUAGUGAAAUGAAAAAGAAAAUGUAUAAGGACCAAGUGUUUUUAUUGAAUAAACAACAAUGUUAAUAAUUGGGCUAUACACCAUAUUAUUAUAGUCAAGAAAUUCUUCCUUCAGCCUUAUUGCUUUGUCUUGCAUUGUAAUGUAUGAUUUAAUUGCAAAAUAUUAGAGUUCAAAGUUAUGUUCACGGUCUUUUUCACAACUUCUUUCAUAGUAAUUAAUCUUUUCUUUCACAGUUCAGUAAUUUCAAUAAUUCAACUUUUCAUUUCAAUAAUUCACUUGUUUCUCAAUUACUAAUUAUUACAUAGUACAAAAUGGAUUUACUUCAGCUGUGUUCGCUUAGAUCUUCUAAAGUAUCUAAUGGAUUUAAAUGCAGUUUUCAGCAAUAGUGAUUCAAGAAUACAAUACAUACAUAUUAUAUGUAUAACAUAAAUCUUCCUUUUUCAGUCUCUCUGCCACACAUUGGACCCGGCACUAGCAUGGUGAAUCCAUGGAAUGCUAAGUUAUUUGUUCUAUGUUUUAAAGUAAUUUAAUCUUUAAAUUUUCCAGUUCAAGACCAUACAUUUAAUUAACUAUUUGAUUAUAAAUAUGCUACAUCACAUAACUUUUAAAAGGUGAAAGUUUUUGUAACAAAAUUAUGUUGCUAAUACUAAUUCGCCUUCCGAACCAGUGGUAGAAUCUUUACAAAUAGUCAACUGACAUAUUGUAUACUGAGCCUACUUGAAAUAAAUGAAUUUUUGAUUAUGAUUUAAUUGAAUGUAGCCCGAUAACAAUGUUGUCUUGCACAUGAGUAGCACUUGGUCAAUGGUAAAUGGAUAUAUUUUUUCAAAACAAAUCUUCAGUUCAAAGAUUUUUUUCAUCAUUUAACUAAUCUUAUGAAACAAUUUAUUCAUCUCUCUGAUGUCAUUGCAUACUUUAUUUAUUAACCUGGGCAGCAGGUGUUUUAGUUGUGAUAUUGCCUAUAGUCUACAUGUGGAAUGUAUUGAAAAUUGGUUAGUUACAUGUUAUAUUGUUUGUGUAUCAGUCAUACUUUAGCUAGUGGACUCUUUCACAUUGGUAUAUGGGCAACUGACCAAGUUAUCUUUAAUUCACACAUGAAGAGUUUAAUCUUAAAGUUUUGUAUACGUUUACUUUUAAUGAGUCACGGAUGUGACUUUAAUAUUAGUAUCAGCAAAUAUAAUAAUAAUUAAGUAGGUAGUUAUUUUUUAACAUUUUUUAAUUAUUAUACCAGUGUAUCAAUUGAAGGUAGAUUAUUUUUAAUUAUUAAAAUAUUGUUAUAAGAUUUUUUAGGAGUGAGACAUUUAAAAUGUUGUUUUUUUUAUUAAACCUAUUUCUUAGAAUUUAUGCUUAAUAUAGUUUAGUUUUACAGAAAUUAUAAUGAAUGAACAGUAUUUCAUGUAGAUUUAAGGUAAUUUUAUAUCUAAAAUAAUAAUUGACAUAUUUUUUUUUAUAAUCUGUAAGAAAUGGCAAAAAUAUAUUGCUUUAUGUGGGUGAAUUAAUGUGAAUUAUGAACCCCUGUGCAAGGACUGUUGUAACAGUUUAAUUAAUUAUUUAUGUAACAUAAUUAUUGUAACUGUAGAAAACUUCCUAUUAUUUUGUAGUACAAUUGAGUAUAAUAAAUGAUUCGGAAAUGUGUAA